CCCCCCGCCGUGUCCGUGUCCCCACUCGGGGGUCGCCGCUGUCCCCUCGCCUUGUCCCCACCCGGGGGUCGCCGCUGUCCCCUCGCCCUGCUGACCCUGCUGGCCCUGCUGGCCCUGCUGGCCCUGGCCCCCAGCCCAGCCUCUCCUGAGCUCAGCCCCCGCCAGAACUCCCCGGGAUCCACCCCAGGAUCCCCGGAAUGCCGGGAUCAAGCCGUGCUCACCGGGGAAUCGCUGUGCCUGGAGCCGGAGCAGCCCCCGUGGGAGUGGACAGAGCUCCAGUGGAGGGUGAAGAUGGAUUCGGGAGGGCGGGAGCGGAUCCUGACGGCCACCAGGACCGGCCACGUCUCGUGUGCCAAUGGAUCCUUCCACGGCAGGGUGGAAUUCCAUCCGGGAAUUCUCUCCCUGUGCGUGUCCCCCACGCUCAGAAGGGACAGCGGGACCUUCCUGGCCGAGUUCGGGAAUUCCUCGGGGAUUUUCGUGCGGUGCUUCAGGGUGGCCGUGUUGGAUCCUGUCCAGCAGCCGCGGUUGGAAUUCCGGGUCCUGGCGCGGGAUCCGGGCUGGUGCCUCCUGUCCCUGCUCUGCUCCAGCCCCGGGAAUGUCUCCUACAGCUGGGAAUGUCCCGGGGAACCCCCGGAAUCCCCGGAAUCAUCCCCAAAAUCCCCGGAAUUAUCCCCAAAAUCCCCGUCCAGCCUCACCCGGAGGAUCCCCGAGGACGCGGAACCCCAAAUUUGCCUCUGCAACGUCAGCAACGCCCUGGGCUGGGGCGUGGCCAGAGCCUCCCUCACCUGCCCAGGAAUUCCCGGGAAUUUCGGCCCCUGGAUAGCGGCGGCCGUGGCCGUGGGGCUGAUCCUGCUCCUGGCGGGAAGCGUCUGCUGCUGGAAGCGGAAAAAGAAUUCCCGGGAAGAGCCCCCCGCAGCCCCCCCGGAGCAGCCCCUGACCAUCUACGCCGAGGUGGGAGAGAGGAAACCCCGCCAGGACCCCGCCGGGAGCAGCGAGGCCACCGUCUACGCCCUGGUCACUCCCAGGACACUGGAGCAUCCCAGGCAGCAGGAAGAAGCCGGGAAUUUCACCGUCUACUCCACGGUCCAGUUUGGACGGAGGCCUUCCUCCACCAAGAGGAAGAGGCUGGACCGAGCUUUGGUCUCCACCGCCUACUUGGAGGAUAACGGGAUUUUCAGGCCCUCGGGUUCCUCCAAUCCCACCGGCCCCAAAACCCCGGAAUUCCCGUCCCUGUGGAAUUCUUCUCCCGGAAAAUCCGGCGGCCGCCAGAUGGAAUAGGGAAAAAUCCAGAAAUCCGGGGUUUUUCACCCAAGAUUCGACCUCCGGAGCGAAGAUUUGGGGGUGGGGAAGUGUGGAUGGGGAUGGAUUUGGGAUUGGACAGAUGGGGAA